AUGUCGAGAGAUGCCUCACUAACGCCACUGGAGGUCCAUGUGAUAGAUGACCUACCAUUGAGAGAACAACCAGAACCAUUUACGGACAGGUCCCGAUAUGACUCUACGAUCCCCAUUGCUAUUGAUUUUGGUUCAUCUCAGAUAAGAGCUGGCUACACGAACCAAUCCACACCCUCUCAUAUUUUUCCUAACAGGUUGACAAGGUAUAGGGAUCGUAAGAUAAAUAAAACGUUCACAUUCAUAGGGAAUGAUGUAUCAUUAGACCAAGCCAUAAGGACUCAAUCCAAGUCACCAUUUGACGGAUCUAUAAUCACAAAUUGGGAUUACGUAGAAGAUAUUAUGCAGUACAUAUUUAAUCACCUUGGUGUGGUGGGACACAAUGGGGUAUCUAACCCAAUUCUACUUACUGAAAAAUUGGCCACUUUACAAUCUCAAAGAAGUAAUUGGUACCAACUUUUAUUCGAAUGUUUUGAUAUCCCAGAGGUCACACUGGGUAUAGAUAGUAUGUUUGCAUUUUAUGGUUUGAAUGAAAGAAGUUCUACCGGGUUAGUUAUUGAUUGUGGGAAUGAAGAAACCGAUGUGAUACCCGUGGUGGAAGGUGCAGGAAUGUUGACUGAUGCCAAGAGAAUUAAUUGGGGUGGAAGACAAGCUGUAGAUUAUCUGAAUGAUUUGCUUACUUUGAAAUAUCCAUAUUUUCCUACAAAGCUAUCAACAGCACAGUAUCAAAGGGUGUAUCAAGAUUAUUGUUAUGUUGCUAAAGAUUACGAUCAAGAGAUUCAAACAAUCUUAAAUCUAGAUGUUUUGGAGAAGAAAAAUGUAGUUAUUGAGGCACCAUUUACUGAAGUUUUGCAACCACAAAAAACGGAGGAAGAACUAAGAAUACAGGCUGAAAAGAGGAAAGAAAGUGGUAAGAGAUUGCAAGAACAGGCAAAGCAGAAAAGGAUUGAAAAAUUGGUUCAAAAAGAAGAAGAAUAUGAAUAUUUUUCCAAAGUUAAAGAGCAGUUAGAAAAUCAACCAAAAAAGAAAGUUUUAUCUAUUCUACAGAAUGCUGGUUUUGAUGAUGAACAAGAUUUCAAGAAAUAUCUGUUCAACUUGGAAAGAUCUUUGAAAAGAGCGAGGGCACAUAAUGAUGGUGAAGAAAACGAAGGCGACCAUGAUGACGAAAACAUAGAAGGCAAAUUUGACUUAGUAGAAGUCCCAGAUGAGAAUCUUACUGAAGAGCAGAUAAAGGAAAAAAGGAAACAACGUUUGUUAAAAGCGGGUUAUGAUGCAAGGAAGAAAGCAAAGGAAGAAAAGGAAAGAAUUGCCAAGGAAGAAGAAGAGUUAAAGUUAAAAGAUCAGAAGUGGAGAGAAACUGAUUUAGAAGGUUGGAUAAAAGAUAAGAGAAGUAGGUUGGUUGAUCUGAUACGCAAAAGAAAGGAGAAGUUAAGAAUGCGUGAUGAGAUGAAGGACCGUAAGUCACAGGCGGCACAGAACAGAAUGAAGAAUUUAGCUAACUUGUCGGAGGAUAAUCCACGUUCAAGCUCCAAGAGAAGUAGACAGCAGGCAAGCAUAGAUAAUGAUCCUAAUGACACAUUUGGUACCAAUGAUGAAGAUUGGCUUGUCUACAAUGAUGUCACUCAAAAUCCAGAAGCUUUCGAAGAGCUUCUAGAGGAUGAAUACAAAGAUAUUGUAGAAUUGGAAGGUCUAUUGCUAGAACAUGAUCCAAACUUUACAGAGGAAGAUACGCUAGAGGCUCAAUAUGAUUGGAGAAAUUCGACAUUACAUUUAUUUUUGAGAGGACCCAGACCACAUGAUAGUGAAGAUAUUCAUCAACAACAUCAGAUGCACUUGAAUGUCGAACGUAUACGUGUCCCCGAAAUCCUUUUCCAACCAAGCAUGGGUGGCCAAGACCAAGCUGGAAUAAUUGAACUAUGUGAAACUAUCUUAACAAAGAAAUUCGGAUCAGAGCAACGAAAAUUAAGCCCCACUGCCUUAGCCAUGGCCAACAACCUGUGGAUUACAGGCGGAAACUCCAAACUUCCUGGCAUGAAGGAAAGGAUUGUGAAGGAAUUUACUGGUUUUCUUCCUGUUGGAACUGCUUUUAAUGUCAAACAAAGCUAUAAUCCAUCAUUAGAUGCAUGGAACGGUAUGGCCAAAUUAACUUUAAACUCAGAGGACUAUAAGAACACUAUAAUAAGCAAAAAGAUUACGAAGAAUACGGCCCUGAAUACAUUAAGGAACACAAAUUAG